AUGAGCUUGCUGUCCAGCCUUCAGCCUCCACACAGAGCAGAGAAGAGGUGCUUUGGAAAACUGGACACGAGGAAAAGUGAUGGGUCUCAGCAGUCUGAGCCAUCGACAGAGAACGCGGUCACCAGGCAGCCCUGCAAGAGCCGUAUCCAGAACCAGCGCUUCUCCAGAGUCUUCCGGCGCAUCCCUACGUCUGGCCCGGCGUCCAGCUCUGUGUCCGGCUCGGGGUCCAGACCGAUGUCUAGACCAGUGUCCAUGGCAUCAGGCCUCAGAGUGUCUCUGUCCAACCCCAGCAGGAAGGCCAGCAAUGUUUCUAUGUCCAUGACCGGGGAGGACCCGUCUGAACUGUCCAAUCACGUCACGGCUCCAGGGGUUCUGAAGAUCUUCGGCAGUGAGAUCUGUCAAGGAGCGCACUACAAGAGCGUCCUGGCCACCACACAAUCCAGCGCCAAGGAGCUGGUCAAAGAGGCUCUGGAACGCUACGGCCUGACCAAAGAGGAGGCGGACUCCUUCGUGCUCUGCGACACCAUCGGCUCCGUCUGCGAGCACCAUUGGCAGACCGAGGCCUUCCGUGUGGUCGGCGAUAACGAGAAGCCCCUCCUACUGCAGUCGUUAUGGAAACCACGAGAGGGCCUGGCCAGACGCUUCGAAAUCCAGAAACGCAGCAGUGUGGAGGAGAGGGCGUCCCGAGAGAAAGACACGGUCACUGCAGGUAUCAACGCUCAGGCUCGUAAACUCCAGAAGAGCCGCUCCCGUGUGGCCUCCUCGCUCUCCCAGAGGUCGGGCAGCUCACUGUGGAGGAGCAGGAGUUCCACCAACAUGCCGCUCUGCAGCUCUCCUCACAGCCCCGACACGUCUCCAGGACAGAGGUGCAUUCAGGAGAGCACAGGGAGCUCGGCCAUAACAGAGGCCCCGUGUGAGCAAGGGGCCGGGACUGAGCUGGAGGAGAAAGAGGAGACGGAGAGCUGUGGUGAUAGAGGCUCACAGUACUCCAUUCACCCGCCUCACGACUGUCCAUACCUGCUGCUGCUGAAGGGACACAGCCAAACACAGGACUUUAUCAUCUAUCUCCUGUCCGACCCGAUCGUCAGAGUGGGGAGAACGUCUGACCCGAGCACAGAUCUGAGAGCUGAGGUCAUGCUAUGGGCCACCGACAUCCUCCCGGUGCACUGUCAGUUUCAGCGAGGUCAAAGCGGCGGCCCGACUGUCCUGAGCCCAAGUCCCGGUGCCACGGUGCUGCUGAACGGGGAGCGGCUGAGUGCGGACGCCACGCUCAGCUCUGGAGACGUGAUUGGCCUCGGACACAGCUACUUGUUUGUGUUUAAAGAACCUCCAACUCCGGUUGCCAGAUAUGCAGACGAAUCUGGCUGGGACCGUAACAUCUGA